CUUUCCUCACACACGCUGGUCUACACUAUUCUCCAACACACAAAGUGCCGUCAUUCUAGACGCAAAGUGCUUAAGACCGAAAUUCAUAGGUUUGUUUUCAAGUGUGAUGGGUGAUUUGGAUAGCUCCCAUGUAACCUUGGUUGAUGGGUCUGUGUUGGAGAGUGUAUGUACAUUUAAAGUUUGAAAAUCAUGUUCGCAUAGGGCGGUCAAAUCCUGCGUAACGCUGUCUCGAUAGCAGUGAUAACGAAAAGACCCAUCGAGGUGUGUAAUAUUCGAGCUGGUCGACAGAAUCCAGGUCUCAGGUGGUUAUUUUUGUUAUUGGUAGAUUUCGUUCCCAGAAGUCAACACGCAGCUGCUCUCGAACUCGCUAGUAGAGUGUGUUGUGGUCAUUUAUCGUCGUGUGCAGUUGGAUCUACGGAAAUUCGGUUAAUACCUGGUCAGAUUUCUCCCGGUUCGUAUGAAGCUGAUGCUAAGACGGCAGGGUAUGUCAGUAAAACUAUUCACAAGCUUUAUGUAAGGUCAGUCUCACUGAUGCUACAAGCUGUAGCGCCAGUGUUAGCGUUUGCUUCCAAUCAGAGUGAACUGUUGUUGCGUGGUGGUACAGAUACAUUGUUUGCACCUCCGAUCAACUAUAUGAUUGAGGUAACAUCACAUUACUUUAGAAAAAUGGGUUUGGUUUGUGAGGUAAAAGUCGUUCGACGAGGGUUUCAUCCAUUAGGUGGAGGGGUUGUCAAAGUACUGAUUUCACCUUUAAAAGAGCCACUUUCUCCCAUUUCUUUGUUAAAUUCAGGAACCGUUGAGAAAGUCAGUGGUUAUUCUCUUGUUGCAGGAAGAGUUCCACUAAAGGUUGCUCAUGAAGUGAAAGAUGAGGCGUUGCGUUGUCUCAGCAAAUGUUUCUCAUGUCCUAUAAAUAUUGAUUCAUUCCAAGAAAGCAGUGAUCGUUGUAAGGGCAACGUUGCGGCAUUUAUGUUCGUUAUGCAUACUUCAACAGAUUGCCGUCUGGCCGUUACUGGAAUUAUUAAUCCUCGAGAUCAUCAUUAUAGGCAAAUGGUCUCAGAAGCCUGUCAGUCACUUUAUAACUAUUCCAAAUUUGGAAUAUGUUGUGACGAUUAUAUGCAAGAUCAGCUUAUAAUGCUUAUGGCAUUAGCUAAGGGAAAUUCAGAAAUACGUUGCGGGCCGUUGACAUUACAUACAAAGACUGCAAUAUAUGUUGCAGAACACUUACUUGGUGUUAAAUUCGAAGUAACCACGAAUGAUGGAUCUUCAGUCAUAUCGUGCAAUGGUGUUGGAUACACACCCGAACAUUUGAAAAAUUCUUGUUCAUAAUUCUUCUUUUAAUGUUUAACAGUGCUUUCAAUUUCACUUGUGUUGUUUAUUACUUGCUUUGUUCUUUUUAUUAGAAAGAAUUUUCAGUCUGAUCUCUUGUCUUAUUUUCACAAGGAACUUCUUGCGCAAAUACAGUUUGCUUUAAGUCGUA